GUUGAAUUUCAUGUUGUCCGAAAUAUCUGACGUUUUCCUGGCACAGUAAAUAUCAAAAUCAUUAAAAAAAGCCAGGAAAACGUCAGAUAUUUCGGACUAAAUUACAUGGAAAUAUCCUGUGGGCUUUCAACUUUUUAGGUAUUGACUAUGUGAUGGGAUUACGUAGCUGUGUACAGCCAGCCUGGAUCAUCAGGAAGUGCUGGACUUUGUCUGGUAUCAGAUGGAGACACCUGUUCUCAGCAAUGCAACCAUGGCUGCCACUAAGAAAUAUAACAACAUGCACAUCAAGGGACAGACUCCUUCCUUAUCUGGAGUCCAUCAGUGGGAAACAUUUUCUACAAACCAGAAGUCACCAUGGAAAUGGAUCCACCUCAGAUUUGUGGAACUCUCCAGAGCAUUUUUCUGAUGGUGGUCCCAUCCAGGCUGUGGAGACUUUUGAGGAAGGGGCCAGACACAGCCCCGUGAUGGUCACUCAGGUGUUAGAGCUCCUUAAUCCUAAAAACGGAAAGUUGUUCAUUGAUAUGACCUUCGGAUCAGGUGGACACACAAAAGCCAUUCUGAGCGAGAACCCUGAUACUCAAGUGAUAUGUCUAGACAGAGACCCUCUGGCCUACUGUUAUGCCCAGGAACUUGCCAAAUCUUACAGAGAGGGACAGGUGCUAGCUUGUUUGGGAAAGUUCUCUGAGGUUCCCCAGAUUCUGUAUCAACUUGGGAUAAUCCCGGGAUCAGUGGACGGGAUUCUCUUUGAUGUGGGAGCUUCCUCCAUGCAGUAUGACCAGCGUGGCCGUGGCUUUUCUGUCAGCCAAGAUGACCCACUGGACAUGAGGAUGGACCAAGGAAGGGAUCCAGAUGGUGUUACAGCCAUGGAUGUUGUCAAUUUUCUGUCUGUGCAGGAACUGCGAGAAAUCAUUAAGAAAUAUGGAGAGGAUCGCAUGGCUAAGGACAUUGCUUAUGCUGUUGUGGACGCACGCCACGUGGCGGGGAAAAUAACCACGACCCAACAAUUGGCGGAAAUAAUUGAAAGCGUGUUUAAAGGGAAACUUUUAAGGGACAAAUUAAAUCGUAAAAGCCAUGUAGCCACUCGCACAUUUCAAGCCCUGAGGAUCUUUGUGAAUAAUGAACUGAAUGAAAUCAAUAAUGGACUAGAAGUAUCAUAUAACUACCUCAGACCUGGGGGUGUUUGUGCAGGUAUAUCAUUUCAUUCACUGGAAGAUAGAAUUUUCAAGAGACAUUUCCAUGGCAUCGAUAUGGACGAAGCCAAAAAUAUGUCAUCAAAACAGAAAUCACGGAUGCUGAGAGACCACCAUCAGAAAUACGACAAAGAGUUGAUAGAGAGCAUUCUGAGGAGGAGAUGGAUUCCAGCCAGUAGGAAAGUUAUUACUCCAGACGUGAUGGAGGUCCAGGAGAAUCCCCGGAGCAGGUCAGCCAAACUGAGGGCUGCCAUCAAAUCAGCCGAUGUCUAGAGAGAUGGAAUGUCAUCAAGUCGGCCGAUGUCUAGAGAGAUGGGAUGUCAUCAAGUCAGCCAAUGUCAUGUCAUCAAAUCCGCCAAUGUCUAGAGCAGGGGUGUGAUUUUUCCUCUUUUCAGAGGAAAUCCUCUGAUUUGCUCAAUUUUUGAAAAAAUGAAACACUCUGGAUUUAAUCUAAAGUGGCAGAAAAUGAUAUUUUUCCAGGUAGGGUGAGGUGUUUUCCUCCCUUUUUGACCAGUUUCCCUCUGAUUUCUGAGGAAUUCAGUCACAUCCCUGCUAGAGAGAGAUGGGAUGUCAUCAAAUCGGCCAAUGUCUAAAGAGAUGGCAUGUCAUCAAAUCGGCCAAUGUCUAGAGAGAGAUGGGAUGUCAUCAAAUCGGCCAAUGACUAGGGAGAUGGGAUGUCAUCCAAUCAGCUGAUGUCUAGGGAGAUGGGAUGUCAUCCAAUCAGCCGAUGUCUAGAGAUGGGAUGUCAUCCAAUCAACCAAUGUCUAGAGAGAUGGGAUGUCAUUAAGUCGGCCAAUGUCUAGAGAGAUGGGAUAUCAUCAAGUCGGCCAAUGUCUAGAGAGAUGGGAUGUCAUCCAAUCAGCCGAUGUCUAGAGAGAUGGGAUGUCAUCCAAUCAGCUGAUGUCUAGAGAGUGAUGGGAUGUCAUCGAGUCAGCUAAUGUCUCAGUCUAUGCGAAAGACGUCGGACCUGACCGAUGUGCAGUGCCUAAGGUCCGACGCAUCAUUUUUUACACCGGACCGGAAUGUCCGAUGUCUCAGUGUCCGGUUUAGAGCUUUACUAUUUUGAUGCGGAGUCAUUUAAAUGUUUGUUAUAAGUAAAAAAUAGCACACAAAUCCAAAUACGUAAAUGAAUGUGAUUAAAACCGCAUGGACUGUCUAAAGUAUUAUACGGGAGGGAUCCCUGGUAUAGUAUUACUAGUAUAAUAAAUAAGAUUCCCUUGGUUUUGCAUUUUCACGUGUUUCACUUGUUUACAUUAGGUUUUUCGGUCUGACAAAAUUUGGUUCGGUCCGGUGUGUUCAUUGAUUACACAGGACCGAAUGUCCUGUGUGGUCUAAAAAACUUUCGCAUAGACUGAAUUGUCUAGCCCUUGUCCCAAGAGAGCUAUCCAUUUUUUUGUUUUCUUAAAUGAUAAAUCCUGGUAAAACAUGAUGAUAAUAAAAUCAAAAAACUGAAAGUACUGAAUAGUGCUAAGCUUGUGAAUUCUGACAUUGCUUGGGAAUUCUGACAUCUUUUUCUUUGGCAAUAUUGAUAAGGUAUGUGUAGUUAUUUUACCAGCAUUUCUAACUGCAAUCCAUCCCAAAUUGAUAAAAAUAAGAAGAAAGUGCACAAAGAUCGUGCAUUUUUAUCAUAAUCAGUACACACAGACAGCACAAGAUGAGGUCAUCUGCGACUUUUCUUGGAACAAUUUACUAGUGACUGAAAUUUGGGACAUCACUUCAUUUAUACAUGUAAAUGGUUCCCUGUAAUCGAAGAUGUACAAAUUGUGUAGGCCCUGAAGCAUGUGCGAGUCAGUUGAUGUAUUUGUUGUUGUUGCAUAUUGUUGCUUACUCUCAGCACCUAUUAAAAUUAUAUAAAGCACCAAAUUUUAUUUUACCAAUGCUUUCUCUAAUUACAUAUGUAUUUUUCAAGAUGUAAGAUAAAUGAAUUUGUUUUCUAA